AAUCCGAAACAAAAAAAUCUCACUAGGAAAAACAAGCAAAACGAUCGAAGGGAAGUCCUCAUAGAGAGAAAAAGAAAAUGUAUGUGACAAGGCCUCUAUCCCACUACCUGAGCUCCCCUGAAUCACUUUCACCAUCACCAGAGGGUCCAAACUCUGGUUAUUUAGUGAUACAAGAUGAGGAAUUAGAGACUACUACUUGUUUCGGAUUGUGCAAAACUCGGCAUCCUAUAGAUCUCCCUUUCCCUCAGAACAGGAACUUAACUGUUGUGUAUUCGGUAGGCGAUUUCACUUCUAAAGUUGAUGCAACCUUCAUUCCAGUUCUCAAUUAGCCCCUUUCUUCGAAUCGGUAUUAUGCAAUUAAGCCCCACGGAUCGCGUCAAGGGGAUGCAUAUGCAUGUUCAAGGCAGGAAGACAUGACCCCUAGUUGUUUCGGCAACAGCAUUAAGGAUGUCGACCCAAGACCCCUUAACCCCAAUGACAUAUACCAGCAAUUUCAGAUAUUCCCCUGUCAAAGAGGCUGCGAAAAUUAUGCUACGUUUUUUGCAAAAUCAGUGGCACCAGAUGGGUUCCCUCCCAUCUUCCUGAGAAGCAGUGGGUGGCCAAUUUUCUCCAAACCCACCACAACAUAUGAACUUGGUGAAGCCCUAGGCAUCAACGCUACCCUCCGUGCCCGCCUCCCAAAUUUUAAUUCUCCCAUUGUCGUGGGGAAAUGGUAUUGUCCUUUCAUGUUUAUAAACGAUGGAAAUUUGGAGGAUCAAAUGAAGCAAUUAUUGUUUUAUGAGAUGACACUUGAGCAAAGCUGGGAAAGGAUUUUUGCUUGUGAAAACAAUAUCAGUAGUCAAGGGAAUUCUGUUACUGUGGAAGCUUUAGUCCAGAGGGAAGUGGUUUUUGUGGGUGGGAGGGAAGCAGUGUGGGAUGAGAAUAGGGUGGGUGAUGGGGUGGUUUGGUUUAGGGGUUUUGGUGGUGUGGAAGAAGUAAAUAUUGGGUUAAGUUCAUUGAUAGUUGAUAGAAUGAAGUGGGAGGAGGAGAGAGGAGGGUGGGUGAGGGAGGAAAGAAGACAAGUGAAGGUGAAAAGAACAGAGGAGUUUGGAGGGAUUGGCGGGGUGUGGAGUAAGUUUGGUUGUUAUGUGUUGGUUGAGAGAUUUGUGUUGAAAAGAAUGGAUGGGAGUGUUGUAUUAACCUAUGACUUCAAGCACACUCAUGUGAUUAGGUGCAAAUGGGAAUGAAAUAUGUAUGAAACCCUCAGAAAGUGAACGAAGCAUGGACCAUUUCGGUGUUAUAGGCUACUUUAGGGGUGUGUUGCUUCCUUAAUUACCAACCUUUUUGGAGUUUUUUUUUUUUCCAGUUUUUUUUUUUUAAAAAUUGUGAGGUGAGAUAUAAUGAUAGGUUGAGCUUAUCUUUGUUGACGCUCCCAUGUAUUACUGCAUGGUUUACUUUUGUAUCAUCAUUUUUAAUGAUAGGGGAACUUUUUUUGCUGAUCAAAAAAAUAAAAAAUAAAA